AUGCAGCAGAUUGGUUAUUACUGCGGUGGCCGGGGCGGCUUGCAGGCCAAGCUGGUGGUCCCUUUGCACACACAAGCUUUUGUCUCUAACCGCACUCCACAGGAUGCUUGGCAUUGGAAGCCGACCAGGCGGCAAUAUCCGCUGGAAAAGCUUACAUGUCUUUUGUUCGAAACAGCCAGCGUGGAGCAGAAAGACUCGAUGAUGCCAUGGGGAAUCGUCGGAUGGCUGGACUGUUAUUCUGUGCGCCUGCUGCUGUGGACCGAAUUGGUGCAAGGUGUUAAGCUCAGGAGGAUAACAAAAGGUCGACUAGCAAGGGGUGACGUGACAUUCGAGGUUUUUCUCUGGGUAAGAGAGGCAACAAAGUCAAGACGAGCCAGCCUUGGCCUCGUGCGUCACAGGAUGCGAAGGCAUGUACCUAGCAACCGCGAGAGUCAGCAGCAAACUUGGCUCCCAGCAUACCAAGGCAUGCUCCUGGUGCCGACCGGAAUGCCGGACGUCCAGGCUUCCCCAAAGUCGGUUCGGCAACUCUGUUGA